AGCGCAGUGUUUCAGAGCAGCGUGCUUUGUCAUGGGUGUCAUCCGGCCCUGUGCCCCUCGCUCAGCUCUGCUCAGCUCUGCUCUCUCGUGGAGCCGCUUUAACUGCAGCGGGAUCCACAGACACUAACUCACCGCUGCAUGAGGAGACACACCACUUUCUGCCUGGGAUCGCAGGAUCAUGGUCUUUUUCUCUACGGAUUUGACUGACAUCACGAGCCUUUGAGAAACAAACCCGCCGGAAUAAGAGUGUCCGGAGUGCUCCUGGACUGUUUCUCAUUCAGAGGAUUUGUCUAGAUCAUUUCCUUCAUGCGUGCACAGCCAUCCGCGCUCACAUUAUGAGAGAGACUUUGGAAAGUUUGGAGACUUGGGAGAGGGCUGUUGGGAAAAUCUAGGAUCUGCCAUCAAUUCGCAGGCACUCGGAUGAAGUCGCUGCGUCUCUAAAUGCGUCUUCCCGAGCAGCCGAGAACAAUGAGCACCGGCUCUGGCAACUUUCUGCUAGUCCCCAUACCGGAGUACCCAGGCCUGGACUGUGUGCCUAAUAAAAAUGUGAAAAUAGUCGUUCUUGGAGCUAGCAACGUCGGGAAAACCGCCUUAAUAGUACGAUUUUUGACCAAGAGGUUUAUCGGUGAUUACGAAGCCAACACAGGGGCCUUGUAUUCAAGAAAGAUCAAUCUUGAUGGGGAGCAGGUUUCUCUACAAGUGCAGGACACUCCCUGUGUCUCAUUACAGGAUGAUGCAGAGGGUCUGUACUGCCAGGAACAGAUUAACCGCUCCAUCUACUGGGCAGACGGCUACGUGCUGGUCUUUUCCAUCACGGACAUGCACAGCUACCGGACCAUUCAGCCACUCUAUGAGCAUGUGCGUCGCAUCCAUCCAAGUGGCAACAUCCCCAUAAUCCUAGUAGGCAACAAGAGCGACCUGCUGCGGGCGCGCCAGGUACCUACAGAUGAGGGCCAGGCUCUGGCAGCCGAGCUCGGAGGACACUAUUUUGAGGCUUCAGCCCGGGAGAACCAUGAGGGUGUGCAGGCAGCAUUCUUGCACUUGUGCCAGGAGGUGAGCCGGGCACUGGGAGGGGUGAAUGGAGAGAAGAGGAGGGGCGGACUGCAUCUUGCGCGGCCAAAGAGUCCCAACAUGCAAGAGCUGAAGAGAAGAUUCCGGCAAGUGCUCUCUUCUAGAGGAAAAUCGACAACUGCAGUGUGAUGAUAAUGUAACGUCAAUGAUUGAUUCACAGACCCAUUAGUGUCUACUUUAAUAUGUAUGCGAACUUUAUUUUACACUGCAGUAUUGACUAAGGGAGCAAUAAACAUGUUGAUUUUCAUACAAAGGCAACCUUUGUCUGGAAGAACACUACUAUGUAGAAUGAUAUGUUAUGAUAUAUCAUAUAUCUUUUUUUUUUUUUUUUUGACAAUUUGGGAUUUUAGCCCAUAACUUUUUUACAGAUGUUUUAUCAUUCAUCAAAAAUACAGUGAUCAUGUGUGAUGAAUUUGAUUGGCUAAGAUAACGGCCUGUCCUUGGUUUUUCAUUAUUGCUGUAUAGUAUAGUACGCUUUUAGACAAGUAGAGCUCUUAAACACCCUUAGAUGGAAAAUAUUAUUUUGUAUUUGGAAUUACUGCCCAUAAUGUAGAUUAUUUUUUGGUUAUAAAGUUAUUCCUACGAUUCCCUGAUAUCCAUAUAUAGGAAGCAUCUGGUGGUUCUCAUGAACUUUGACCCACUUGUGGCUGUGUGAAGCCAAAGCGGAGGUUGGGUGAAUGUUUUAUAUUUCAUUCACUCAUUCCUUUAUUUAACUUUCCCAACUUGUAAGGGGGAUUACAGCUCGAAGCUGCUUUCCUGUAAAAGAAAUUCUGGAAUGUGAUGUUCAUUCACUGCAAACAGCAUUUGAAACCUGAAUCUUGUUCCUUUGACCACUGACCUUUGAUUUUUUUUCCUGUCCUGAUAAGAAGCAGAUUUCAUUGCAGCGUGUCUCAUUUUUCUGUCUGAUAUCUGAUGUAAACAAAGAAAAUGUGUAAGUAAAAUUGACAUUUUGAUACA